GUUUCUCAUUUCGCUCGUGUUUAUAGUGCGUUUUUUCUUUGUUGCCCUGUUUAAACCGUCUGGGCACACUCAGCCGAACCAACUAGAUUAUUGUUAAGUAUAUUAUUAUCAUAGCUCCUGCAAAAUGGUUUGCGUGCCCUGCUUCAUCAUUCCGUUGCUGCUCUACAUCUGGCACAAAUUCGUCCAGCCAAUUUUGCUGCGCUAUUGGAAUCCCUGGGAGAAAAAAGAUGCGCAGGGCAACGUAAUCAAGUCCGCGCCAGAAUUCCCGUUCGAGUGCAAAGGCGGCGUCUGUCCCUUCGUACCCGGGGACAAGAAGCAGCCAGAUCGAAUCGCAGGCGGAGCUGAAACAGGAGCCAACACAAAUUCUACAACAGAAACAGCAACAAUAACAACAGCAGCCACAACAACGGAAAUGGAGCGAUCGCCGUCUAGUACUGAAAUCGAAUCCAAGAAAAGCAUAUAAUUUCCGUUAUAUGCGUUUCUGAUUUCGUUACUCAAACGGUAUUGGUUUUGUUUUUAUGC